CUGCUCUUCUCCAUUUCUCAUUUCUUCUCUCCUGUUUGAGUGCUUCUUAAACUCGGGGUUUCCAUUCCAAGGUGUUUUUGUUUGGUCAAAGUUUGAAACUUUUUUGAUUCAACUGUUUUGAGAUUUUUCUUGGGUGAGAUUAUGGAUAAGAGGUUCAGAGGGCAUUUAGGUUCCAUAAAUGGGAACCAAAUGAGAAGUCAACCCCAAUCAGCAUAUCCAAAUGAACCCAUAUCAAAUUUCUGUAUUCAAAACAUUGUUGCUGCACCCAGACUUGAGAAUAACAUACCAGAUCACAGGUUUAAGGGAGUUAAUUACCACCGACCCGAUCCAAAUUCAAGUAAGGUAGCAACAAGUUCAAGUGUGAACCAUGAGGAAUAUUCCCUAGAGGACUGUGAUUUCUCAGACGCAGUUUUAAGAUACAUAAACAAAAUGCUCAUGGAAGAAGAUAUGGAGGAAAAGACAUGUCUGCUUCAAGACUCUUUUAAACUUCAAGCUGCUGAGAAGUCACUCCAUGAGGUUCUAGGCAAGAAAUACCCACCUUCUCUUGAACAAAAUGUUCAUGAAAACAGGGACAGCCCAAAUGAUAGUUUCAUGCAAAAUUUGAGCGAAUAUCAAUCACCAAAAUUUCCCAUUUAUAGCAACAUAUCUCAGUCAACUUGUAGUGUGGUCACUAGUACUGUGGAUGGACUUGCAGACUCUCAAAAUAGUACUAUUCAUGCCCCUGAUUGGAAUGACAAGAUUCAAACCAUUUGCCAAUUCAAGAAAGGGGUUGAAGAGGCUACUAAAUUUCUUCCUAUAGGAAACAAUCCAUUUGUGAAUUUUGGUGUCACUGUGGUGGAGCCUCCAGAACUUAAUGUGGGGACAAAUGAUUUGGUGUUGAAGGAAAAGAAAAAGGAUGAGUGUGAAGACUCAGCUAGUGGGAUGAGCGGAAGGAAGAACCUUAGCGCAAAGAAUCUUGUUGCAGAAGAAGAAAGAAGCCAAAAGCAGAUAGCAAUUUAUCCAGACCUCUCUGUACGAUCAGAGCUAUUUGAUAUGGUGUUGCUUUCUGAUUCCUUGCCAGGCCAAACAGCAAUAUCUACCCAAUGGGAAACAUUGCAGAAUGGAACAGGCAAACUUCUGCUAAAGAAUGGACGAUCCAAGGUAACUAAAAGUGGAAAGGGCCGUCGUAAGAAACAAAAUGGGAAAAAGGAGGAGGUGGACGUGAGAGCACUCUUGAUUCGUUGUGGACAAGCUAUUGCAGCGGAUGACCACCAGAAUGUGAAUGAAUUGCUGAAGCAAAUCAAGCAGUAUGCUUCAUUAGUUGGGGAUGGAAAUCAGAGAUUAGCCCAGUGCUUUGCUGAUGCUCUUGAUGCACGCUUGGCUGGUACUGGUAGCCAAAUCUAUAAAGGCAUUGUUAGUAAAAGAACAUCCACUGCUGAUAUAUUAAGAGGGUAUUGUGUACAUGUAGCUCGGCUCUCCAUGAGACAAGGUGGACCACCAAAGCUUCGGAUUACAGGAAUUGAUAUUCUUGAACCUGGCUUUAGGCCAGCUGAGCGGGUUGAAGAAACAGGACUCCGCUUAGCAGCCUAUGCUAAAGAGUUCAAGGUUCCAUUUGAGUUCAAUGGUAUAGCAAAGAGAUGGGAUGCCAUCAAAGUUGAGGAACUCAAGAUUGAUGAGGAUGAAGUGAUUGCUGUUAACUGUUUGUAUCGUGCUAAGUGCUUGCUUGAUGAAUCUGCAGCAGUAGACAGUCCAAAAAAUGUUUUUCUCAAUUUGAUAAGGCAAAUCAAUCCAGAUAUUUUCAUCCAUGGGAUUGUCAAUGGGGGCUACAAUUCUCCCUUUUAUGUUACAAGGUUUCGAGAGGCUUUGUUUCACUUCUCUGCAAUGUUCGAUAUGCUUGACACCCUUGUACCUCGUGAUAAUCCAGAUAGGUUGCUCAUUGAGAGAGAUCGCUUCAGGAUAGAGUCUUUGAAUGUUAUUGGUUGCGAAGGCUGGGAGAGAGUGGAGAGGCCGGAGACAUACAGACAGUGGCAAAUCCGUAACCAAAGGGCUGGGUUUGUACAGUUCUCAAUUGAUAGAGAGACAGUUAAAGAGGCGAUUCAUCGAGUAAGGUCUCACUACCACAAGGAUUUCAUGAUUGAUGAAACUAGCAAGUGGCUUGUACAAGGAUGGAAGGGAAGGACUCUAUAUGCCAUUUCCACUUGGAAGCCAGCACAGAGAGCUUCGAUAUUGUCUUAUAAUGAUUGACAUACUGCCACUAAAAGCAUAGCUGCUCUAGCAGGAAUAAUUAAGGACCUAAGGUAAU